AUGGAGAACAGUGGCAAGUGGACUAUCAAAGAGUGCAAGAGUGUGCUAAAAAGCGCUGACCUACAGAAGGAAGGACUGGGAGCUGCACUCGCAUGCUCAAAGCCUAAUGUCAGGAGAUACCUCAAUAUGCUGAAUUUCUCGGCGCGUACUCUACUGGACCCAGAUAGUAUGAGAGAUAGUAGUGAUCUAGCGCGUGCAGCGCUUGCAACUGUAGAGGAUGCCUAA